AUGCGAUCCACCUUGGUUUCUCUGCUAUUUGGUCAGCUAGUCCUAGCUGCGACUUUAGUGCACAAUGAUGAGAUCCCUAUCCUAAAGCUAAACGUGGAUACCAAACUUGCAGUUCGCUCUUCCCCAGACAAUAUUAGGGUUGAAUUUACAAUCGCUAAUACUGGAAGGGAGACGUAUAGCAUUCUCGAAACUCCCACAUCUCUCCUAUCCACCGAGUUCUCAACAAACAAGUUCUAUCCGGAGAAGAAGGAUGGCUCCCGAAGAAGCCCAAUAUUCAAAGGCAUAAAGCUCAAAUGGGAUGCUGACCGUGCAGCUAAAGGAAACAAAAUUUUAAAGCUACUGCCUGGUCGACCGGUCACUGUUACUCAUGAAUUUAGUAAACUGUACGACUUUGCCAGGUCGGGUCCGGGCGUCUAUAAGCUACUGCCUCUUUCCGUACUCCAGCUCAUUGACGAGAAAGGGAAUCAUGUUCUUGGGCAGCUUGACCCUCCUCCUACAGCCGAAAUCAUAAUCAACCAAAAGCUUCUGAACAAUCUCACACACUCGUCAACUAGCGUAAUCACCCACAACGGCCACCAUAGAGUCGAAGCACUCCAAUUUAGGGCCAACUGCGACACUGCACAACGAGCAGCGAUAAACACAGCAAUCGCUGAUGCUCAACAACUAUCAGCGAACUCCCUCACCAGGCUACGACAACAGGGCAUUCCUGCGUGGAGAGAAUUACCCCGUACAUGGUUUGGCUCCUAUGAGGAGGAGCGUGUGUACAAGGCAAGGUACACAAUGAGCUUGAUCACAAGGCCUUUCAACGCAUAUACGGUGAGAUUUUGA